AUGCGGCUGCCAACACGACACGCGAAACAAAAUGGGUCUGGUCCACCAGUUUCUCGCCUCCUAUUCGGCUGGCGUUGCUUGUUAAUGUCGUCAAAAGCCUGCUUCGUCGCCCUCGCGGUCGUGUGUGCGCUCAGUGCCGUUGCUGAAGAGGCGCCCCCUCGCCGAAUUGUUCCUCCGACGGAGACGACGGAGAACACUCAACUUGAAUCAGAUCGUUUGCCUUCGACUUGGAAAGGUUUUCGCGGGCAGCCCGACUUUUCUCUGCCACCCUCAGCCACUGAGACCCUUCGAACCUCCAGCAGGUUUCGGCACCGACACCGUGCCGUUCGUGACACCGAUGGAAAUUCUCCUGACGGGGUCCCCCGCGAUGAAGCUGACAAAGAUCAAUUUUCCAUGUUUGUGGAGGCCAGCGAUGCCACUCAGAACUCCCGCAAGAAGAGUCUGAGUGGCAGGCGAUCUCGCGACGGGACUCCGCGCGCACUGCACUCGCCGUGGUUCCCCGUGAAUCGCCCAGAGUUGAAUCGGCAGACAGUGCCUCAAAACGACGAAGCCGUGCGGCACACAGCGUCCCAGCGACAGACCCUCCUCUGGUCGGCGGCGGAGGCAGGCCUCCAGAAAAGGUCUGCAAGCGUGACCGACAAGAUCCCGCCGCUUGCGAUGAAUCUUCUCCAGCCGGCAGAGGCACUUGGGGUCGAGCAGUCCCAAGUGGGGAGUCGUCCUGGUGUGGCUGAAGCAGCUGCACCAAAGGGUGAGACGGGAGAAGCGAGUUUCUUCCCUCCGUCGGAUACAACAGAAGCGGCUAUGGAAUCGCAGAACCAUGGUGCCGGUGCAGCGCGCUGGGUCUCAGAACCGAACUUUUCGCCACGGGCGUCUCGACGAAGCAGCCUCUGGUCGAGUAGCGACCCUCGGCAGACGGUCGGCGCCGUGCUCGUUAGUCUGGCUCUCUUUGCCGUUGUCGCGCGCGCCGUUCGAAAACGUCAGGAAGAGGCUUUGCAGGCAAAAAGCGGUGGGGCACCCAGUCAAGGCGUGCAGGGACUGAAAAGACAGUUUUUCGCCGUCCUCGCCGAGACAGCAGGAAUUGUCCAUAGGGUAGUGGGAAGCGGCGGAAAGGGAGCGGCGACGGCGUCGAAGAAAGGGCCUCCAGCGGGAACCGAGCAGAGAGCAGGAGACGCCGACACAGAACUUCUUGUGCAUAUGCUACAGAACCCAAAGCAACUGCUCAUUCUCGUGUUCGUUUUUCUGUCGUCCAUGCUAUUUCCGUUCGAAACUCGCUUUGCUGUUGUCAUGGGCGCCGCCAGCAGAGGUCUCAAGUACCGCCUCAACCGCGUGACGGGGGAUGCUGUGUCCGACCUAACCAAGUCGGCGUUGCUGUUCCUUUCAGGCACGGAUGUGAGGCUGAUUUGCGCCUCGCAACUUAUCGCGAUUGUGUUGAGACGCUGUUUCCUUCGAGCUGCCCUCUUUCAGCCUGACAAUGUGCUGCAGCCAGACUAACGGACAAGACGCACCCACAGCGGGUGACAGAGGCGGUGGCCGUCGCAGCCGACAGUCACACCAAAAGAGGAGAAACGCCAGACAUAUCCACUUUCAGUCGAGCUUGUGGCUUCUCUGUUUUGAUCAUUUCGUGACUUUUGGCGGAUGGAGGCGAAAUACUGUAGGGCAGCGCGGCGGAGGUUCUCGUGGCGAGAAUCGGCCCGCGCGUCUCAGUAGACACACGUUCAAGUUCGGCGCCAGAGCGCUACAAACACCGCGUUGCUCCUCCGGCAAUCAUGCUCCAAACACGGUAUGUGAAAGCUCGAUAUCAACUGACCGCCCGCUGCGGGGCGGUAGAAAGCGAGCCUUUGUUUUCACAGAACAUACUGAGACUCAGGGGGCCCGAUGUGGGGCUGGGAAAAGUCUCGUUUUCAGAACACAAUCACACACUGGACAGGUCAAGCCUCAGCAGUGCGUCAUGAACAAGGGAACCGCCUGCUUCGCGCUGGAAGCCGAGUUUUCGUCGACCGUGAGCACUCCCGCGUCGGUCAACAUGGCUUUACCGGCUUCUCU